AUGAAUCAUCAUCAUGAUUAUUAUUAUUGCUAUUAUCGAUUUCUUUUAGAUCAAACAACCAAUGAACCGAUUACUGACGAGACAUUAACCAAUCUUGACAUUAAUUAUGGCUUUGAAAUGAUUCGUCUAAAUGGAUUACCAGCAUCUACAUUGGAAUUAGCUAAAACGAUUAAUUUCAAUUCAGAAACUGGUGAAUUACAGUUGAAUGAAUUACAAACUCAAUGGAAUUCGCAUAAAGAUGUGAGAAAUCGUAUACAAGCACGUUGUAUCGCUGUUAUUAACUAUCCGCAAACGGAUCAAUAUCCUCAUCAAGGUGUACAACGUUAUGCUAGUCCGUAUUUCCUAGUGAAUGUACCAAAAGAUAUUGAAGCUAUACCGGAUUACGUAGAUG